AUGCCAGAUACACUCCUUCCAGAAAAACCGAAACGAACGCGCAGAGCUCACACCAAGGCCAGGACAGGAUGCUUGACCUGCAAAAUUCGAAGGAAGAAGUGCGAUGAAGAGAAACCUUUCUGCCGCCGAUGUACAAGUACCGGCCGCAAAUGUGAUGGCUAUCUCACCCAAUCCUCGCCGCACACCUCAACCUCAAACGAUGCACCGUCAACCACCCCCGAACCCGAACUAAAACGUCCGAGGACGCAUACAGGCGCAAAUAGCCUCUCUCCCGUACUCGCCGAAAUGAGACAAGGGCCCGUUUAUGACCAUGAUUCUGUCGAUAUAGUCCGGCCGCCAUCGAAUGUCAUGUUCGAAACCGACAAUGACUUCUAUUGCUUCGACUUCUUCCGUUCGCGCACCGGCCCCGAAUUCGCCGCUUACUUUGACAGCUCGAUCUGGCGCACGUAUCUCAUCCGGGCAUGUUAUCAACAUCCCACCGUGCUGGCUGCCACGGUAGCCGUAGGUGCUGUCCACCGAAGAUUCGAGCUGGGCAUUUCCCGGGAGGCUUUCGAGUACUGUGAUCUCUCGAAUCAGAUGUACCAGCGGGCCUUGAGACGGUUGUCAGACGACAUAGCUUCCGGACAUCCCAACGUCGCAGAAAUAAACAUGAUCACCGCGAAACUGUUCAGCGUGUUCGAAACAUUCCAGGGGAACCAUGAGCUUGCACAGAUGCACCUGGCGGCAGGACUCAAAGCACUGCUAGGUCGGGAUAUGCGCACGACUCGCCGGGAAACGCAAUACCGGUCUGUCGAUAUUUCGUACGAGACCCUCCGACAGCUGUUCUUGAAGCUAGAACUGGAAUCCGUGCGGUUGUUUGACGGUCCCGCCACCAUUCUCAGCGAUCCGGAAGCCGCCACAUUGCUUUGCUCCUUGGAAUCCGACCCGUCCUUUCCCGACGCGACUCCAUGUCUUCCAGACCCGAACCCAUACCCGAUCCCGCGUGCGUUCUCUUCCCUCUCGCGCGCGAGAGAUGUCUUGUUCACUGAAGCCAAAUGGAUCUGGCAUACCUGGGGACUACUCGAACAAGGAGCGUUGUCUGGGACCGGUUUCAGCCGCCAUCAGACGCACACCUCCCGUCUUCUGCAGUGGUCAAUCGCCUAUGCCGAGAAAAUGAAAGUCGGCAUCUGCCGCUUCCAGCCGCGACUUCGACAAGCAGCGCAAUUGCUGAAAGUCUACCGCGAGGCUGCUUACCUAUUACUCCUGACCCAGAUGGCUUUCCAUUCGCCCGAUACCGGCGCGGCGAUUGUUACUCUCUGCGAGUUUCCCGAGCUUUGCGACUGCCAUCGAUCCUGCCGGACGUAUGCCGAGCGCAAAGAGGCCCUGAAUGCGCAUUUUGCCCGCCUGCUCGUGCUCAGCGAGAGUGUUCUGAACCGUGCCUCCUUCUCUGCUUACGAGGAGCACGCGCUCAGUAUGGACAGCGGGAUUGGCCCACCGCUCUACCGCGGCGACAAGCAGCGGUGUCGGUCAACUAAAGUGCGGCAUCAAGUCACGUCCUUAUUGGGGAAGAGCGAGAUCCAGGCCCGCGUGUGGGAUACUCUUGGCGUGUAUGCCAUCGCAGAGCAGCUGGCGAGCGUGGAGGAACAUGCCAUCGUACAAAGCGGCAUUGUGCCCGAGGAGCUGGAGCCCAAGUGGGUGGACAUUACCUUCUUCCUGGAAGAGAGACGGGUUUUGUUGAGAUAUUGUACUCGGGAUCCGGAGGGCCACGGUGGCGGAUUGAGAGGGACUAAGCUGGUGAUGGAUAAGUUUGGCGGAGGCAGUGGCACAGGCGGGUUGAUUUGGACGCAGGAGUGGGCGUCUUUCUAA